AUGCAUCGGGCUCCAGGGAAAUAUGAAUUAAACAUUCGAAAGUCUUCAGCUGCAACUAGGGCAUCAGCAUCUGCUUCAGCGACGCACAGAGAUAUUACCUCAGUUGGGUCAUUCACAGGAGCCCGUAUGACAUCAAUACACCCAAUGAGCUAUAUGUCAACAUCUUUUAUACGUGAAGAGACAGAGCAGGACUUGAAGCUGUCGCGACAGUCGCGACGUGCAUUAUCCAUACUCUCUGAUGCAACCACGCGUGACAUCAAUACAGUAAUACCAUUAAGCAAAACCCGACCUUCAGCCACCGUGAAAGCUGCUACGGGGACAACAAGAAGUGACCAUAGGAGUGCUCAUACAACUAAUUCGAGUGAAGACGCCUUUUGGAAUCCACCUGCACCGCCGAAAUCACUCAGACAUGGUGCAGCUACUUUAUUCUCAGGUAUCAGCCCUCAGGAAAAAGCCACAUCAAGCAUAUUUGAUUUACGACCGAAUAUCCGAACGCGUUCUCCAGAAAGAAAACCAACUCAGUCAUCGUGUGGACUCGUCCUAACCAGAGUAUUACCAACAAAUACUAACACAGGCUCGCCUUUCAAGUCAAGGUUGUUUCCAAUGGCUGGAACAUCGGCAUCAUCGUCGUCACAGAGCAAUGGAGCUUUAACAAACAGCUCUGUCUCAAAAGACAGCGAAAAUCUUUUAGUUACGGCAUCGACUAGUUUCAACCAUCCUUCUUCGACUUUAAACGAGUCACCUAAGACUGAUUCUCCACAAUUCGUGCAACAAAUGGACAACUAUGGGAAUCAAAGCUACUGUGAAGAGUCAGAUGUUGGUAUAGUAGAUGAGGUCCCACCCCAGAAAAAACCGUAUGGCGUUAGUGCUUUGGACUUUGCAAGGAAAUCCAUAAUGCAAAGUGCCGCUGUUUCGCCACAAAAUGCCAUCAGGAAGAUUAACCGAGUGGCAGCAACGAGCGAGGGUGUACCAUCUCUCAUAGAUCUACUGACAGCAACAGAUGCCGAGGAUUUAGAACAAUCUCAAUUACAUACUUGGCAACAAAAAGAUGCGUCGCAACGGAAUUCUGCAAAACCAAACAGAGCUUUCAUGUUGCGAACAGAUCCACUACCACCGCUCCGCAAGGAUACGGCACCGUCAGCAUCAAAAUCUUUUAUACCCAAUAUUCCAGGUGAUCCAGACUCUAUUGAAAAUAACAUGGAGGAUUUAGUAUCGAGACCUAACCUCGAAGAAAAACAGAUCCGAACAAAGAAAGACGCUCCUGAGGCGACAGAGAUCACUAAGCAGGAGAACGGGCUCACAAGAGACACAGUAAUGCUUGACCUAAGAGCGCCGAGCACGACACCCACUGGACCGGGGGUUGAUAACAAUAGUACUUCCCCUCUCCUUUCGUUACGAGCAAGCACAAUGCGCAAACCAGCACCAUAUACCCCUCCAACAAUCAACGAACGAGCGAUGUUACGUUCCAGUCGCAUGUCUGGAUUCCGCGCCAGAGGUCUAGAUCCAAAAGUCUUUAUGAGUGCAGGGGAUUUAGGGGUCCCGAGAAUUCAAAAAAGGCCUCUCACUGUGCCUGUGUCUCCAGUUUUCAGCAAAAUGCACGGUAAAUCUCGGGCUAUGGAGGAAUCCGGGCCAGCUAGGAGCCCUUUUUUUGAACCCAAGACCACAUUCAGAGCUAAAGUUAAUAGCCCCGUUGUUGACCACUUUAAAAGGACAGGACCAAUAAGACCGCAACUGCGUAAUAACAACAUUGCCACGCUCAAAAAGCCAGAGGCAUCAUUAAGCGCAGUAAACACUAGCUCACAAACCCAGUCUACAGGUCAGGAGUACGCUGACUUGAAUAAUGUUCCUACUAGUACUAGUGAUGCUAGAUCAAUUAAUACUGAGAUAGCUACCCAAUUCCGGUCCGAAGCUGCCAGCCAACCAAAUCUGGAUGCGAUAGCCGAUAUUGAUAACGGAUCAAAUUACGAGGGUAGAGUAAGCAGAGUUUAUGAAGGGCCUAGUCCAGUGGAGAGUCUUUCAUCGAAAGCCAUCUUUGAACAACCAGAUGACCAGCUCUUGGAUGGCCAAUCCACAAGAGCAACAGCUGGGAGCCGUCUUCACGGCCCGUCGUUUUCUCGUCGUCCUUUGACGCAGCCAAUUCCGUUUAAAUUUGCUACAGAUGAGAUCCUCAGGCGGCGCCAUAUCAUGUUUCAACCUCGAGCUACACCGGGUCUAGGAACAACGAAUGAGGGUUCUUCAAAAACGGUAGAAGAUAACAGAAUGAAGACUGCAGAGGUUUUAAAGCGACGGCUACCUCCACUGGUGAAAACGCCUAACAGUCCCGUUCCUUUCCAAUUUAUGACCCAACGACGUGCGGAAGCACAUAUCCAACAACAGCAACAACAAAGUCAUCAUCAUCAAGAUGAUGGCGGAGCACAUAUUAAUGCUCAUACGACGGUCACCAGAAGGCCUAGUCGACUUGCUGGGCUCUUGCCACUUCGUUCAACAACACGCGUAGAUGGGGCCUCAUCUAAUGCAAAGGCUUCACGAUUUAGGCGUACUGUACCUAUUUCACCAGAACUAGGCCGCCGAGCCCAUGUAAAGGCUCUUAAACCCGCUCGUGCUAAGGAAAGGGAAGCAUUUGAUCAAUCAGUUAGGAGACGAGAAGAGGAAUUAGCGGCACUAAAUCAGCGGGAACUCAAACUGCGCAAAGGUCGGGAGCAGGGUAGUGAUAGUCGACAGAACCUCGAGAGGCCGUCUCAAACGCACUCUAUCAAUCAUUCUCGACCGAUUACAAUUCAUAGGCCGGUCAAACCGCUGACAGAGCCUGUGAGCCCCAUGAUUGGGGAGAAGCGCAAGAGGUAUGAGAUGGAGCAGCAACGGCAUCCGUUUGAAAAGAGAAGGCAGCUAGAACCCACGAACGUUGGACAAGAUAGUCUCCGUCAACCACCUAGCUUCGGCGUAUCAGCUUUGAGGCUUCGGGGUAGUGGCGAAACAGGUUAUCGCAAACGUUUGAGUAACAGCCCAAGCCGCACUAAUAGCAGCACUAAUAGCAGCACUAAGGAUGUAAGCGAAAGUGGGCGUUUAAGCUCUGAAGGGAUAUCAGCAGGCCAAGGUGGAUACUACCCAUUUAUACGAUCUCUAGCGCCAACUGCGCCCACUGUUGAAUCAGCAGCUAUGCCUUUAUCGAAGUCAGCAGAGCCGGAACCGGGAAAUCGGCGAAGAAGUGGAAGCUUUAUCCCGUUAGCUCCAGUCCAAAUGGCAACAAGAAAUUCACCAACACAGGCAUCCAGACCGCAAGGAGCUACGACGUCGGCACCGUCUGCUCAAUUGAACCGUCCGAAAGGACCAAUUGUGAUUAACCACACACUCACACUGAAUGACCUUUGA